AUGCCUUCCGAACCUGACGAGGAGGCUAUCGCAAGCUUCGUCAACAUGCUCUCCACGACCCGCGAUAAGGCAAUCAGCUUCCUAAAGACUUCUUGGUCGAACACUGAGCGCGAGAAUCAAGAGCUACAACAGGCAAUGGAGAUGUCACUCAACGAAGGCAUGGGGUAUCAGGAAACUGGAGUCGUUACGGCGGCUACAGCAGGCGCCAGUAGCGAACCCCACUUUGGCAAAGCGACGCGCGAAAAUUAUGAUGAUUCAGACUGGGCCAUGACUCUAUUUAAUGAGACAGCUCAAGAGAUUGUUGUCAAUCUUGAGCCCGAAGACCGUAAGAAAAUCGGCGAUGAGCCGGUCUUUCUUCGUCCCACGACAGGCGGCCUUCACCUUGGCGGAUUAAUUACGAUUCUACAUGGAAUUCCUCUUGCCCGAGAAGCUCUUCUCCUGCGGAACAAACUGCUCUACGACUAUGGGGGAGACUCACAGUGGUGGAACGGCCAUGAGAUAAACCUGCCCAAGAUCGUGUCCUUGCACGAAGGCAAUGACAAUACCGACUGGGAAGAUGUGAUUCAUGAAGCACAACGACUGAUGGCGUUUCUGGAUUCUACUCAGCGUGCAUUUGGAAGCAGUGAUGCGCUGGUACACAUCAAGCAGGAGACCGACUCCUUUUAUUCCUCUGACUCAGAAGAGGCUGUCUCCCGGUUCUUGGAAGCCUGGCACUCCGCAGCGGAGCGAGCAGAUCCGAAAGGUUCAUUUUCGACGGUUUUCAAGUCCCUAGCUUUCAAGAAAUCUCCCUUUGAUGACGAAAACUAUGAACCUGAAGCUAAGGAGGUCUUCAUUCUUGAGCCUCCUGUUGAGCAGGAGCAUGGCCAGACAUUGUACGAUGUUUUGGAUAAAUCGAUCUGGUCUGAUCUCCCCAAUUGCCCAGACUUGGAUGAUGUUUGGUUGGAACACGUGAGCGAUGUGCUCGUAAUGAAACUCGAUGCACCCCAAAACGCCAAAUCCGUGGAUGUGAAAAUUCCGGCUGUAUUCUAUCCAGAUCGCUACUUGAGUAGCCAUCGAGAGCUUUCUCGCGACUUGCGUACUAAGAGACUUCAGGCCCAAGAGCAUUUGAUGAGAAUCCAGAGCGAAAUCGAACGCUGGACCAAACUUCCCAAGCCGUAUGAUGAAAGCAGACCAGAUCAGACGCGAGCUGAGCUCCUCGAGGGAUGGGCAAACUUAGUACCUGUCGUGCUCAACGAAGCCAUAUCACGACACACUGACCUAUUGCGACAUAUGCCUGACAUGAUGAGUAUUGAAGCUGCCCAGGAAAAGGCAGAACGGAUUCCGCGGCUACUCCGAGCGAAGCGGGCCAAACUAGAGCUCAAAUUGAAAGGUAUACUAGAAAAUAAGAAGCAAGAGGCCAUAGAAGCCUUGCGAAGCUACUCCAAGUUUCUUACUGAGCCAUCCGACUCAUCCGACUCACCAGUUUUCAAAUACAUGCUGCGAGGAGUUUGCACCGAGCCACAUGUCACCUACGUUUCGAAGCCUUCUGAUACCAGUGACUCUGACGGUGUGAUGGAGACCGAUGACGAUCAGACUCCAUCGCAUCAAUGGUGGCGAAUCAGUUUUUCUACCGAUGAUGGUAAGACCCAGCAGGCAGAGAAGCGACAGGCAAACAACAAUGCAUCCCAACAGAAUGGGGAUGUCAUGGGCUAUACUGCUCGAAAAGUGCGAGAAAUCGAAGUUCUCCGGGCCGCUCGCGAGGAAGGCCGGUCAGUCUUGCUGGUAUAUGCCAGUGAGGCGGCUAUCAAGGCUCCAGUGAAACCACUACCCCCGCAGUUGUUGGGAUUUGUGACCAGAGACAACGAGGCAUUCGCCGCUGAAUGCGAGGAUAGCAGGAUGGAGAUUGAGCAGAUCCAGGACAAUGACACCCACGAGCAGCCCUCCAACGAUCAGGUUAGUUUCUUUGACACUGAAUGGUGCAAGAGUGAACAGACUCAAAACAACGAUACCCACGAACAGCCCUCAAAAGAUCAGGUCAAUGUCUUUGACUAUGAAAUUUACAAGAGCGACAACGAGGACGAAUCGAAUCAAGAGAUGACAGAGAAAGAUGGACCGAGCCUCCUAGCAGGCACUGUCAUGCAAGCAGAUCCGAUGCGCAAAGCAUUAAGCGACAAUGUGGAAAACGGCCAAGACCGUAAGGGAUUUUGA